AUGGAAACUUGUUUCAGUCAUGACACUGAAACUUUGAUUACAAAAGUUCCGUCUGAACCCGUUCCUUCGACAGAGAGUGAGCGCCGCGGUGUGGACCCGACGAGACUCAGGAACCCGAGCGUUCCAACAGUAAGACCGAGUGGUCCUCGAGAGUGGCAGCAGCAGUGGAGCUCCGACCUGCGAGGUGGACAAGAUAAGAUAAGAACAUCAGGUUACUCGGCAACGACCUCAAGGACAACCAUGUUCAAGCAACAGCGAGGAUCCAAGCUCACCUGCACCUACGGCAGCCAGAGCGUGAGGAUGAACAAGACAGACGAGCUCUCUGACUUCUCGUCCCAGUCCAUCCUGUGCGCCAUGGAUCGCUUUGUGAAGGCGGUCAACCACAUGAACGAAACAGUCAUGGUGCCGUGCAGGCUGCUGGACGUGAACGUGGACGCCACUACGAACCCCAGCGCAGUGCCAACAAUGCUGCGAGGGAACAACAAGCCCUACAGUCUGUACAACGUGCUCAACUCCAUCAAGAACGACCUUAUCUGGGGCCCAACGUCCAAUGACGAUGAUGACACUGAGAACCACAGCACCGUCACCUCUCCAUUCAUCAACAACACGCGGUGGUCAGACUCCGGGCCUGCCUCCACCACAGCAGACAACGUGAAGGGUCACUUCCGGCGCCAGAGCACCCUGUCCAACAUCUCCAUGGCGUCCAGCACCUCUGACGGGGAGAGUGAGGGCUGCUUCGAGGGCAGUGAGGGCGGUGACUCUGGUCUGGAAGGAGAUGAGGCGGCGAGGCGGUCAACAACGUGAUGGGCUCGUUGAGAAAUCACCUGAUUGGACUCCACCUCUGCCUGAACAGCCUCACUGACACCGCCAGUUACAUCACUGAUCGCUACCAGGACGAAGUCAACGCCUAAGGUGUCUCUGCCCUGGGAGAGCAGUAUGGCCCGCGACUCAGCCCUGAUGCACAAGUCCGCCUCGUAUUCUCGUAACCAGGGCGAGACCCAUGCACUGUCUGCCGCGGUUUCCCAGCUACCUGCAGAGGCCGGUCCUCUCAUCUAGACUGUGAUAGUGCACGUGUGCAUAACCCCAGCACACGUGCACGCGCCCUGAUAGUAACCCUAAGUAAUGCAUAUUGCAAACCAGCAUCGUUGUCCCGGCACUACAGGUGUAUUAGGCAAAAUUGUCCUCACAUAUAUAUACCCCUGACCCUAACUCCCUUCCGCGUCACCUGUGGUUCCCCUCACCCCCAUUCUCCCUGGACCAAAGCGGCGGGCGACCACACCCUCCGCAUAGAUUCAUGCAUAUUGUAUGGGAUGUGAUUAAUUAUUUUUGGUAGUGGUAGGGUGAUUUUUGUAUGUUACUGAUUUAAGUUAUAUAUAUAUAUAUAUAUAUAUAUAUAUAUAUAUAUAUAUAUAUAUAUAUAUAUAUAUAUAUAUAUAUAUAUAUAUAUAUAUAUUGUUUAUGCACGUUUAUGCAAUUAUAAUAAAAUUUCUUUUCUAA